AAUUCACCAACUUGGCAGCGUCGAUGAUACGGUCCAACUACCGCCUUUCAGACUGAUCCAUGACAUCCUACGCGGUGCGCAACUACAGCUAUGCCUGGCAAUGAGGACAAAGCAGAUGUCUUCGCCAUUCCCGACCUAUGGCAGACCCCCAAGUUACUUGAUCAGCUAGGUCAAGCCGGCGAGCCUCCGUACUUUGCGACGGAGCUCAAAGAUAGCCUCGAUUCCAGUCUGCUGCAGCUUGCUCCGCUUGCAGUCGAGCAGCAUGGCUUCUUCAAGCUCCCAUCUCUCGAAGCCUCUACAGUCGUCGAACCCGACGCCAACGUAGCUUCCGACGACGCAGAGACGACGGUGGAGAGCACGCCAGACAUCGAACCUACCGACGAUAUGUGGAUGGGACUAGAGAAAGCGCCAGAGAAGACCGCUGAGCACAGGACUUGGGAUGCGUUCCUCAACGCGACUUCUGCGACGACCCAACCCCCGCUGAUCACCGAAGCUGGCCCUACUACCUACGACGCCUUACUGUGCUGGUCAAUCGAUCCCUUGCGACUCGACAACUCUGACGUGCCUGUUGUGGAAACAAAGACAUACAUUUCUUCAUUGCUGGCGCUUGCGAUUGGCCAGGAGUCAGUGUUCUUCUUACGAGACGACAAGAGUCGGAGAUUCACCUCUGCUCUACCGAAGAUGCGGAUUUCGGGAUAUUCAAGACAUGUGCUGCAGGGUCUAGAGAAGCAAUGCUUUCGCUGCGGCUCGAUCUUCUUAGAGCUGCGGGCAUUUGUCCAAUUGACCUACUCCAAGCGUUCGACGCGAUGCGGCGUCGCUCUAGCCAGCGCCCUCGAGCAGAUUCUAAAAGAUUCUCAAGAGCAUGUAGCGGUCCACGGACACAACCCGCGAUCACUUCUAAGCCUUCAAUCGACAAUCAAGGGCUUGUUGGCUAUCCUGGAGCCGUUCCACAGGCUCACGUCGAAACUUCGCCGAGGUUAUGCUGAUGAAGAUGUUCUCUCCAUCGUUUUCCACGAAGCAUACUCGGUCGACCAUCGCGAAGAGCAGCUACGUGAAAUCAUGCGAGAGGUGUUGCAGCGAGUUUCUCGACCCUGGAUUGAAUUCCUCGAGGAGUGGAUUGGUACCAGACGGGAAGAGGGGAUACCAUUGACAAAGUCCAGUGUGGGUGAGAGCAAGGGCUUUAUCAAGGUCGACGUAGAAACCUACAUGGAUGACUUUGGCCUGGAAGUGGAGGAUAUCGACUUCCGCUUGGACGAUGCCAAGAUGCCCCAUUUCAUGCCUCAUGAUAUUGCCAAGUCCAUUUUCGAGACGGGCAAGAACCUGCGCUUCAUCAGAAGCUGCCAUCCAGAACACCCAUUGGCAAACCAUGAAAUCCUCGCUUUGACGCACCCCCCGAGGACUGAGUGGCUUUACGACUGGGAUGCCAUAUUACAGUUGGAGAUUCGGGUUUCUGAAUAUCGGGACAACCUACUUGGUGCCAUCCAGAAGAGCCGCUCGGACACACAGUCCUCCCCUCCAGCAAGGGGAAGCUUGCUUCCACCAUGGCCUCAGACUGAACUGCAGUUCUUUGGUGUAGAAGAACAGAAGAUUGAAGAACGCUUACUGGCAUCCAUCGACCAGUUUAAUCAACCCCUUGCGGAUGCUGGUGCUAACGAUUCGCUCAGCCUUGUGGUUCGUCAACGUCUUUCUGGCCGAUAUCAGUCUCCCUCAAACUCCUUCAACUUUGCGCCACAUUGGUCCUUGCUUCCUGUCCUAUCCUUUGGUGGUAUCACUUCUGCUCAGUCUCAGGUCGUUAACCAGGAGAGCUUAAGACUUCUCUUUACGCAUCAUGACUUAAGGAGUCAUCUCAAGAUGCAUCGUGAUUUCCACCUGUUUGGCAAUGGUCUAUUUUCGAGCCGCCUCUCUCAUGCUUUGUUCGAUCCAGACUUGGAAACCGCCGAGAGACAGGCUGGAGUUGCACGCCAGGGAGGCGUCAUGGGUCUCCGACUAGGCGGCCGAGACAGCUGGCCUCCCGCAAGCUCCGAGCUUCGGCUGGCCCUUAUGGGGGUGCUGGUAGAAAGCUUCGGAUCAGAAAACGGGUUCUCAAAAGAGACGCUAAGCAGCAUAUCUAGGGACUCGUCAGAAUUGCCUGGAGAGCUGAGCUUUGCUGUCCGUGACUUGUCGGAGGAAGAGAUUGAGAAGUGCAUGAACCCAGAUUCAUUGGAGGCGCUGGACUUCCUCCGCCUAUCAUACAAGGCUCCAGUCCCCUUGUCGAGUAUCAUCACUCCAGUGCUUCUAACUCAGUACGAUCGCAUUUUUAAGCUCUUGUUGCGAAUUCUGCGAGUGCUCUACGUCGUCAACCAGUUAUUUCGGGACGUCAAUGCAAGAACAAGUCGAUGGAACGAUCCGGAGAACGCCUCGUAUCGAUUUACUCGGGAAGCACAUCACUUCAUCUCGGGUAUCACCUCGUACUUCUUGGAUGCAGGGGUUGCGAUCCCAUGGCAAGCAUUCGAGGCGAAGCUGGAUCAGAUCCAAUCCGACCUGAACAAGCCCAAUUCUAAAGGCUCUCAAGAAAAGAUGGAGAGCCCCGAUAGGCUUAGGGAACUUCAUUCUCAAGCCCUCGACCGGAUUAUGCUUUCCCUUUUCCUAAGGAAGCGGCAGCAACCAGUGCUCAACUUGCUCGAGGAAAUCUUUGCGGCGGUGCUCCAGUAUGCAAAGUACUCCAGAAUGCAAGCGUUAGGAAGGGCCACAGGCAGUGAUAAAUCCACAAAGCCGGAAGAGUUAUAUCGGAAAUUCAAGAAGAAGGUUCAGAUAUUCAUUACUGUCUGCCGAGGACUGACAGAGAAGAGUCGGUUUGGUAGCAGUAAGGGGGGUGACGACUUGGGCCUGAAGCAGGAUGGCAUUGGCGAAGAUCACCUAGUUGCACAGCUACUGAUGAAGCUGGACGCGAACGAUUACUACUCUAAACACUAGUAGAUAGUUGAAAUUCAAACUCGAAAGAAAACAAAGAAAAACAUGGUCAUUUCCCA